AUGUCGGACGAUAACAUCAGCGAUAAACAUGAGACUUCCACUGCGGAAGUCCUUCGUCGCUAUCAGACCGCAGACAGUGUUCUGCUUCCAAUCCCGCGCGAUGCCUUUGAAAAGCUGUACCUGAGCCCGAAGACGCCCAAUGCCGGCAAGUUGCGCUCAACAUUUGGUAACCCGACACCGAUAUCAUUGAUGGGUUUCUUGCUGGCUGCGACACCAACGGCAAUGAUCACCAUGGGCUGGCGAGGGGCAGGUGGAAAUGGCGGUGCAAUUCUACCAGUUUACAUCUUCUUCGGUGCAAUGGUACAAAUAUUUGGCGCGGUUGGCGAAUGGAUCCUCGGAAACACAUUCUCCUGUGCCCUAUUCUUCACAUAUGGCACAUUCUGGCUAGUCCAGGGUACAUCAAUGAUGCCAUUCUUCGCCGUCGGAACCAACUACUCUCCUACAGGCAAUUCGCUCGAGGGAAUAGAAACGCCAGAAUAUAAUGCAACUGUUGGCUUCUACUAUGUGACCCUCGCAAUCCUCACAUUCGUCUACCUAAUCUGCUCCCUGCGAACAAACGUUUGUCUAUUCUUAGCAUUGUUCCUACUCGUCAUUACCUUUGGGUUGUUUGCAGGCACAUACUUCCAACUGGCACUUGGUAAUCUGGAGCAUGCUGCGAAGUUGCAAAAGGCCGCUGGAGCAUUCAAUUUCGCACUGUGUAUACCAAUCUGGCAUAUCUUCAUUGCGCAGAUUCUCGACGCGGUUGAUUUCCCCUUUGCCUUGCCCGUUGGGGAUCUUAGCACGGUUAUUCUUGGGAAGAGUCAGAAAGCGCGGAAACAAGAGGUUGAGGGUUAA